AUGAGAUUUUCCGGUAUACUUCCCAGUCGACUAUGUGAACAGCACAAAGCAAAGUUUUACCCUUUAGUGUCCAAUGAUAUCAAUGAAUCGUCCGCUAUUACAGACUUUGAUUAUCUGUGGGGCAGUGCGUUAGACAAAGGAAGUAGCAAGGAAGAUGAAGACCGGAUAUUAAAAGGAAUAUUUCACAAAGCCGAAGCAUUACAAGCAUACAUAAAAGAGGAAGCCUACCGUAGACCCCCACACAAGACAAAGUUCACUAAUAACAUAGUACGUGAACACAAAAAGACAUAG